GUUUAGAAAAGCAUAAAAAUAAAUUUUUCCAUAAAGAAAAAAAAAAAAAAAAACAAAAGCAACAACAAGUGCCAAUUUUAAAAGAAUUAACUCUUUGCUAAAAGCCUUAUAUUUACUACAAAACUCUACAGCAGCAAAAUGUAUCCAUUUGGCACACCAACCGUUUUCCCUGCUCAAAAUUUUGAUCCCGUUAAAGAUGCCCAUGAUUUGCGUAAGGCCAUGAAAGGUUUCGGUACCGAUGAAGAUGCCCUAAUCAAUAUCAUAUGCAGACGUUCUAAUGAACAAAGACAGGAAAUCCAACGUCAAUAUAAAACACAUUUUGGCAAAGACCUUAUCGAAGACAUCAAAUCCGAAACUAGUGGCAAUUUUGAAAAACUUCUCGUGGGACUUUUGCGUCCCAUUGUCGAUUAUUAUUGUUGUGAAUUGAAUGAUGCCAUGGCUGGUCUGGGUACCGAUGAAGAUGUAUUAAUUGAAAUUUUAUGUACUUUAUCGAAUCAUGAAAUUCAUACCAUUAAAAAUCAGUAUUUAAGAUUAUAUGGUGCCCAUUUGGAGUCUGAAUUGAAAUCUGAAACAUCUGGUAACUUUAAACGUUUAUUGGUUUCUCUUUGUACCGCUGCUCGUGAUGAAAGUGGUCACACUGAUCAAGCUGCUGCUCAGGCUGAUGCUCGUGAAUUGCUAAAGGCUGGUGAAUUGCGUGUGGGCACCGAUGAGAGCAUGUUUAAUAUGAUCUUGUGUCAGCGCAAUUAUCAACAAUUGAAAUUGAUUUUCCAAGAGUACGAACACAUGACUGGACAUUCAUUGGAGAAAGCUAUUAAGAAAGAAUUCUCGGGAGAUAUUAUGGAAGGUCUCAUAGCAAUUUAUCGUUGCUGCACUAAUAAGGCUGAAUAUUUUGCAUCACGUUUGCACAAGAGUAUGGCCGGUAUUGGUACCAAUGAUAAACAAUUGAUUCGUGUAAUUAUAACCAGAUGCGAGAUUGAUAUGGCUGAUAUUAAGGUGGCUUUCGAGCGUAUGUAUGGCAAAAGUUUGAAGAGUUGGAUUAAGGGUGAUACAUCGGGUCACUACAAGCAUGCCUUGUAUGCUUUAGUUGGAGAACAACGUUCCAACUCUUAAGGCUUUUGGCGCAAUGUUAUAGGGCAAAGGAGAACUACAAUAUACUUUUUUUAAAUAAUAUUUUUUUUAUUAAAAGUUAAAAACAAUAUAAAA